AUGAAGCAAACCGGAACCCUCAUGGCCCUUGCUGGCCUGGUCUCCAUGGUCCACGGUCACGGAUUCGUUACCUCUCCUAAGGCCCGUAUGCCCGGUCCGGCCAUGAAAGCCGCCUGCGGUAACCAGGUGGAGAUCAACCAGCAGUCGGACAACUACGGCAACAUCCAGGGCGAACUCCAAGUUGCUAAAAGCCAGAGCGACUACAACGCCGAGGCAUGCAACAUCUGGCUCUGCAAGGGUUACAAGUUCGACGACAACAAGGACAAUGUGAACUCGUACACUGCCGGCCAGAAGGUCGACUUUACCGUCGACAUCCGCGCCCCCCACACCGGUGUGGCCAACGUCUCUGUCGUCGAUACCACUACCAACACCGUCAUCGGCGAGACUCUCAAGUCCUGGACCAACUACGCCUCGACUGCCACCGGUGUCUCGGCUGAUGAGACCAACUUCAGCGUCACCAUUCCCGACAACCUGGGCGGCAAGUGUUCCGAGGCCGGCGCCUGUGUCCUUCAGUGGUACUGGUUCGCCGAGUCGAUCGAUCAGACCUACGAGUCCUGCAUUGACUUCACUGUCAGCGGCUCCGGCUCCGGCUCCGGCUCCGGCUCCACCCCUUCGGCCCCUGCGACCAGCAGCAGCGCUGCUGUGACUGCUGCUCCUACCGCUGCGCCUACCCAGGCCACCACCAUGGUCACCAGCGUCAAGCAGACUUCCACCGCUGCCGCCCCCAGCGCUACUGCCCCCUCUACUUCCUUCCCCACCGAUGGCAGCGCUGAAGAGAAGCUGACCUACAUUGCUUCCCUGCUGCAGGGCCUGAUGAAGUACCUGGGAUAG